GACCAGAGCCCGUGGCCACAGGGGAUCUGCCGGCCGGUGUUACUUGUCCGGAUCUAGCGCACAGAGUGAGGGAGAGGACUGCAGGUUACUGUGUCCUGGGCCAAACAUCUGCAGCAGCAGCAGCAGCCCGUGGUAAAUGUGCGUUGCAAAAGAAAAACUGGCCUGCAUUUAUUCAAAACAUCGCCACAGAGCGUCCUUUGCAACACAAGACUCGUCGAUGUUUAGUCAUAUCCUUGUUUGUCCCAUUUCCACGACUCCAACCUCCUGAAACGUCCACUGCAUUCCAACCCCCUGUCCUUUAACUCCAGUCUCCUACUUCUCAGUCCAUUCCUGCCCCCAUCCCACUCAGAGUCCCAGUCUGCUGCCCUUCCAAACAGCUGACUCCUGGUCCAUCAGAACCUGAUCUCCGUUACGGUGCUCUGUCCUUUCCCUGGUUAAAUCCUCUGACCCUGGCUUCACUAAUCCUUGUGUUAAAAAACAAACUGCAGUUGGAACUCAGCAGUGUCUGUGGAGGGUUACACAAAAAAGCUGGAGAAACUCAGCGGGUGCAGCAGCAUCUAUGGAGCGAAGGAAAUAGGCAACGUUUCGGGCCGAAACCCUUCUUCAGACGUGUCUGAAGAAGGAGGGAUCAGCGUCAGUGUCUGUGGAGGGAUCAGCCACGAUUGAAUGGCGGGCUAGACUUGAUGGAACGAAUGGCCUAAUUCUGCUCUUAGAAUUUAUGGACGAUGUUUCAAGUUGAUCCCCUUCAUACUAUCUCCACAGUAGCUGCGACCUCACUGGAUCUCCACAAUGCGCUGGGCAACUUGGAACAGAAAUGUCAGGCAGUUCUUCAUCAACUACAGCUCGGCAUUGAACACCAUCAUCAGUUUAUGUUUAGUUUAUCAGUUUUAGUUUAUCGUCACCUGUCAUCUCUUUAAACUUAUCAAACUUAAUCAACUGGGUCUCUGCUCGUCCCUAUGCAACUUUACUGGAUCCUCGGUUUCUCAUUGGCAGACCUCAAACUGUACGAAUUUGCAACCACACCUCUUUGUUGAUUAUAAUCAUAAGGACACUUCAGGGUUGCGUCUUCAGUCCUCUGACCAGAGGGCAUAGCCUCAGAGUAAAAAGGACGCACCAUUAGAAAGAAGAUGAGGAGUUUAGUCAGAGGGUGGUGACUCUGUAGAAUCUGGAAUUCACGGCCACAGAAGGCUGCGGAGGCCUUGAUUGGGUAUUUUAAGGCACAUUUUUGAUUAGUAUGAGUGUCAAGGGUUAUGGGGAGUUGGCAGGAGAAUGGAAUUGAGAGUGAAAGAUAGAUCAGCAUUGAUUGAAUGGCAGAGUAGACUCAAUGGGCCGAAUGGCCAACUUCUGUUCUGCUGACUUAUGAACUAAACCUAAAUAGUAACUUACUUUACUUACUUGUGCAAUCAAAGUCAAAUGUAAUGUUGUCCACUUAUCUUUAUGGCCAGUGGCAAGCUGACAAAAGUCGAUCGAAGAAUAGUACACAUGAGGUUGGCUUGGCAGCGCAGUUGCUGCCUUACAGUGCCAGAGAUCCGGGUUCGAUCCUGACUACGGGUGCUGUACGGGGUUUGUACGUUCUUCCCGUGACCUGCGUGGAUUUUCUCCUGGAGCUCCGGUAUCCUCCCAGGUUUGUACGCUAAUUAGCUUUGAUACAAUUGUAAAUUGUCCCUAGUGUGUAGUGUAGGAUAAUGUUAGUGUGUGAGGAUUGUUGGUCAGUGUGGGCUCAGUAGGCCGAGGCUGUUUCCGCACUGUAUCUCUUCACUAAAAUAAAGAGAGAUAACUUCAGACUCGUGGCUUUACAAAAUGCAUAAUUAAGGUCCAUUCUAAAUUGGCAGGACGGUUUAUUUCCGGGGGUUUUGCUCACUAUCCAUGGUCUGACCAGUGAAGGGGACAAUGCAACACUCUGCCUACCUUGACAUCAUAAUCACCACUACAUUGCAUCACUGGUAAUGCCAGGUCAGCCUGCAAGGAGUAACCGGCAACAUCAUGAAUUGCUCUGUGUGAUCCCGCAUGCCUGACAUGGAACCCAGUACCCUGCCGACUGUGGAGAUCAUGUCCCCAGUGAAGAUGAGCCUGGUGGAUGUCAGUAAGAUCUUCUCCAAGCUGCAGCCCAGAAAUCAGGACGACAACGCAGAAAUAAAUCAAAUCAACCAGGCCGUGACCAGAAACGAUGCCAGCCUUUUGGAUGACCUCUUGUCUCAGGAGCGUUACGGUCGUCUGAUCAAUAACCGGAGUGGCUGGGGUGUCCCGGGUACUCCCCUCCGUUUGGCUGCCUCGAAAGGUCACCUAGGCUGCCUGGAGGUGCUCCUGAGGCAUGGUGCCGAGGUGGACAGUCUAGAUGUUAAGGCUCAGACCCCUCUCUUCACGGCCGUCAGUGGCAGGCACUUGCAUUGCGUCAUAGCUUUGCUCAGGGCAGGGGCUAACCCAAACGGAAGCAUCUACAACAACUGCUCGCCUGUACUCACGGCAGCCCGAGAGGGGGACAUUGGGAUCUUGAAAGCUCUGCUGGAGCACGGAGCUGAAGUCAACGUGCGCUCCAAGGUGCCAGACUGGGCUUCCAAUGCUUGUGCUUGUAGUGGCCCUCUCUACCUUGCUUCAGUAUACAGGCACUACGACUGCUUCAGGCAACUGCUCCUCUACGGUGCAGACCCCAACUACAACUGUACAGAGCAGAGGGUUUUGGCAAGGAUCAAGCAACCAAAAACAGUUCUGGAAAUGUGUCUCAGGUAUGGCUGUGGGCCUCAGUAUAUCCAACUGCUCAUAGACUUUGGGGCAAACCUUUACCUGCCUGGCCAAGCUCCGGUCAAAAACACACAACAAAACAAAGCUGCCGAACUUCUGGUCCGAGCUACAGCUCAGCCGAGACCCUUGAUGUCACUAACCAGACUGGCCAUUCGCAAGCACCUCAAAGUCAUCGGCAGACUGCAUUCCAUUGACCAACUGGACAUACCAUCAAUCCUGAGGAAAUACUUGGACCAUCAAACCUGAGAGGAUUAGUGUAGUUCCAUGCGUCCUGGAAGCAGUGUGCACUCACUCACUACCUGCCUUACUGAGAGAAGGGGGGGGGGGGGGAGAAAUCAACCCUUCUUACACAGGGUUCCUUGUCUCCCAACCCUUUUGUAGCUUGUAGCUUGGUUGUAAUUGCCCCAGCCAUCUGAUUACAAGUAGAAUACCUUCAAUGCACUCUAUGUAGUAAGUUAUUCUAUAAGUUAUAGUAAAAUAAUAUAUUUAAAGCAAGAGAUACUUUCUAUGUAAAUUUCAUAAGGCUUUGAAAGAUUAGUGAUAAAGAGUAAAUUCUCUGACAUUGGUCAGGGUCUGUGCAUGAGCCUGUUUUAUUUUGAAACACAAGUUGGCUACAAAGCAAACUCCAGUCUGGAAAUUAGAAUGUAACUAUUCCACCACUCUAAAACAUGGUGCUUAGUGCCAGAGCUAAAUCAGGUCCCUCCAAGUCAUUUCAAAACAAGCUGGCAAUAAUGUACAGUGGCAAUAAAAGACACAAAGUGCUGAAGUAACACAACGGGGGUCAAGUAACAUCACUGGAGGAUAUGGAUAGGCCACAUUUAGGGUUGGGACCCUUCUGCAGACUGAUUCUUGGGGUGGUGGGGAGCAAGCUGGAAGAAAGGAGGGGCAGAACGAAGCUUAGC